AUGGAAGGUGAAGCAAGUUUUUCCCACAUAACUCUUCCAAUCUUUGAUGGAGAGAAUUAUGAUCUUUGGGAAGUGAAAAUGCAAUCUUACAUGGAGUCUUUGGAUUUGUGGGAUGCUGUGGAAGAGGAUUAUGAAAUAUAUCCGCUGCCUGAAAAUUUCACCACGGCCCAAAUUAAAAAUCACAAGGAAAAAAAGAUGAAGAAGGCAAAGGCGAGGUCAUGUUUGUUCACUGGUGUUUCACAAAUGAUAUUCAUCAGAAUCAUGACUCUUAAAUCACCCAAAGCAAUUUGGGAUUAUCUGAAAGAGGAAUACGCUGAAGAUGAUAGAAUACGAAGCAUGCAAGUGCUGAAUUUAAGGAGGGAAUUUGAGCUUCAAAGGAUGGAAGAGUCAAAGACAAUCAAAGAAUACUCAAACAAAUUGUUGGGUAUUGCCAACAAGACAAAGUUGUUGGGUAGUGAUUUUGCUGAUUCGAGAAUUGUAGAGAAAAUUUUAGUAACGGUGCCGGAGAGGUAUGAAGCAUCUAUAGCUUCAUUGGAGAACACAAAGGAUCUGACAAAAAUCACAUUGGCAGAAGUGCUACAUGCCCUGCAAGCUCAAGAGUAA